AGAAAGUAAUAAGUAACUAAAUACUUUUUGGAGAGAGUAAUUUGUACUGUAAUCUAAUUACACUAUUGAAUAUGUAAUUAGUAACUAGUAAUUAAUUACUUUUUCAGAGUAAUUUACCCAACACUGGUUAUAAUCCCACUAUUUCAGCACAGUUGAAUUGCCCAAUAGGACAUUUCCCACGCCUUAUGCAGGGGGAAGCAGUCAAGAAUAUGAAUAGAAGAAAGGAGGUCCGAGGUUUCACUGGUUCGUCGGGUAGGCAUCCUCUGUGUUUGGGGGAUAAUUGAUUAUAGAAAUACAUAGCAUGCUUACCUUUCCUUGCCAUUAUCAGAGAGACAUCUCAUGAGUUGUGUGUCCCAAUUUCAUCACAUUAUCCUGAGUGAAAGAUCCCUUGUGGUGAGGCGCUGCUGAUAAUGCCCUUUGUAUGGUUCCCAUCAAUUCGGCACAUCGUCAGUUGUGCACCUUAGCCUAGCAGUGGAGUGUUUUACUUUAAACUUUCCCCUUUUCACAACCUCUUAUGAGGCGUGCAUUGUAUAUGUUAUCAGAAAUGCGAGUCAUUUAUGGGAUUUGCUAACAAUGAUGUUAAAUGUAAUGUAGUGAAACAAAGGUCAGGUUUAACCCAAAAAAACAAACGUUUUUUAACGACACGUUGACAUUUUUAUGGGGUUGUUACUGUAAAGGGUUGGAAAACCAACAAUAGAGUGCAGAAUAGCAUCCUGUUAUUUAGGCCUAAACUUCUAAGAGUCAUCCAUUGUCUUUCUUUCCUCACACUUUCUCUGUAGCGGCAUUAUAUGAAUAAAAUAUUAAUCAGCUGUCUUGUUUUUAUCAGUUAUUAAUGAGUAUUAAUAAUCCUGUGGGCUAUGUUCAUCUACAGUAUGUACAUUGGUUUCUCUGGUUCACAUCAGUUUAGGGUUAACACCCCGUGAUUACUGUUGGGAAACACUUGGCUGGUAUGUUGGCUGUUUGUUAAGGAAAACGGGGGAUGGAACAUGAUGAUGUACACAGAGUCGGAAAGUGAAAGUAAAGAGAAGAGAUGACGAGCUACGCUUAAACACUUCUCAUCAUGAUCAUUUUCUGUAUCGUUGUCCUUGUCCUUCCAGCGAGCGAGUCCAUGCCGUUGGCCGGUUGGGUGCAGUCACCUGGACAUCCGCGUGGGUAUGACCCUGAUUCCAGCCUUAACUGGACAGAAUGUGCCCCUGCUGGGCUCAAAACCACACUCACUCUAACGCACUUAGACCUGGAAGAAGCCUAUGAUUGUGAGAAUGAUUUCUUGAAGAUAUAUGCAGAUGGAGAGGUCUUGUUCAAACUGUGUGGACGCAAAUCAACGAAGGAGCUGCAGACAUCCAUAAACCCCUUCCUCCACUCGUCCUCUGGAGGCUGUCUGUUUCUUUCAUUUUUAGCAGACUACUCGAAUCCCGUGAGACACACUGGCUUCAGGGGCUUUUACACCAUACAGGACGUUGAUGAAUGUAAGGACCCUGAAAAUGAGUGCACUCAACGCUGCAAUAACUACAUUGGGGGUUAUCGCUGUUUCUGCAGACCUGGGUAUUUUCUCGACCCCGAUCAACACACAUGCAGAGUUAAUUGUAAUGAAGAUCACACAGACUCUCAAGAGGGUGUGCUGAUGUCACCUGACUGGCCUGGGUCAUCCCCAGAAAACCUUGUCUGUUCUUACACACUGUCUGCAAAAGAGGGUCUGCAGUAUGAAAUAACAUUUACAGGACAGUUUGAUGUGGAGAUGGCAGCCAACGGACAGUGCAAGGACUCAUUAACUAUAAAAACUCUUUCUGGUGAUGAGACGUACUGUGGGAACAAGCGCCCUCCUUCCCCAUUCAUUUCCAGGUCUCAACAUGUUGAGAUUACCUUUAGGACAGAUGACGAAGGAACAAACAACGGGUUUAGACUGAGAUACAAAACCAUAGAGAUGACGUGUCCUGGAACUGUGACAGAAAAUUCUCGUCUGAUCCCAAAUAAGUCUGAAUAUAAUCAGGGCAGUGAGAUUGCAGUUCAGUGUGAUGAGGGUCAUAUACUUAAUUCUCUUGAUGAGGUGAAACGUGAGUACAGAUCCACAUGCAAAACCAAUGGACAGUGGAGUCUGGUUAUCAAAUGUGAACCUGUAGAUUGUGGCAACCCAAAUCUUCCAGAUGUGACAGAACUAACAGUAGAAGAUCCUCUCACAACUUACCAGAAACAAAUCACUCUCAAGUGUACAUCUGAAUAUUACCAGAUGACUGGAAAGGGUAUUUUCACCUGUGAUGCCAGUGGUAACUGGGUAUCUGAGAGUGGUCAAAAACUUUCUGAAGAUUUGCGUAGGCCUAUGUGUGAACCAGUGUGUGGAAUGAAUACAGAGAUCACUGUUGGUGGAAGAGUCUUUGGUGGGAAGCCAGCCACACGUGGACAGAUUCCCUGGCAGCUCUUACACAGAUCAAAUCCUAGAGGUGGUGCAGUUCUGAUCAGUGAUUAUUGGGCGCUCACAGCAGCUCAUGUAGUAGAUGGAUUUGAAGAUACCACCAUGAUUUGGUUAGGGGGAAUGGUCGAUGCUCAAGACCAAAACACAGUCACCAUGGAGACAAAAAAGAUAAUAAUUCAUCCAGAUUUUAUAAAAGUGGGCAAAAAUUUGGAACCAGACAGCUUUGAUAAUGACAUUGCACUGAUCAAAAUGUCUGCCAGGGUGCCACUUGGUCCAAACCUCAGACCGGUGUGUCUACCAAAUGAAACUAUAGUGGAGGGAUUACAGGGCACAGUCUCAGGGUUUGGAGCAUGGGAGAAAAACACGAGGAGUAAACGUUUGCUUUACGGGGAUGUUAAAAUACAUCCGCUGCAUACAUGUGAUUCAUUGGGUAAGACUGUAACUGAUAACAUGAUCUGUGCUGGAGAUGAUACUGGUGUUGAUAGUUGUAAAGGUGACAGCGGUGGUCCAUUUUUUUACCCCAGACUCAAGCAGAAUUCUGCUGAUAAGCCCUAUAGGCUUCUUGGUCUUGUAUCGUGGGGUCCUUCUGAAUGUGGAAAUAAAAGGUUUAAAGGUUUCUACACUAAAGUGCAUAACUACAUCGACUGGAUCAAAGAAACCAUUGCACAAAACUAACAUCAGCACAUUGAAACGUCAUUUUGUUUCACCUGUCAAUCAUUGUUGUUGUAAACAUCCGUCAAAUCAACAUGUAUAUGGCUCUGCUAUUUUGAGAAACACGGUUUCACUACACGGGCACUUGUAUUUUGCUACAAACAUAUUUGUAACUGUGUUUCAUCAUCUAUUGUUCAAUAAAACACUUUUUUAUGUGUAAA